UUCCGUGUCUUAGUUUCAGCAUCAAACAUGGCGGUUACCGUGUCGAGUGUAAGGCAGCAACUCGCUGUUUUGGGAAAUUCCGGUGGUUCUCAUAAAGACCAAGCGGAAAAGUACCGAUCUAUCUUGGACGCUAUACUAACGUCAUCAGGAGACGAUUUAGCAGAAACUUUGAAAGUCUUUAUUGAAGCAAUUGUAAACGAGAAUGUGAGUUUGGUAAUAUCUCGACAGAUUUUGACCGAUGUAAGCACACAACUGACUGUACUCUCAGACCCUAUAUCUAAAGCUGUAUCACACUACACCCUUGACAAGGUACAACCUCGUGUGAUCUCUUUUGAAGAGCAAGUAGCAAGUAUUCGUCAGCAUCUUGCGGAUAUUUAUGAACGUGAACAAAGUUGGAGAGAAGCAGCUAAUGUUUUGGUAGGAAUUCCUUUGGAAACUGGACAAAAGCAGUAUUCUGUGGAUUACAAAUUGGAAACAUAUUUGAAGAUUGCAAGACUGUAUCUAGAGAAUGAUGAUCCAGUGCAAGCUGAGGCAUACAUAAACAGAGCAUCUUUACUGCAGGCUGAAUCCAAAAAUGAACAGCUGCAAAUAUAUUACAAAGUAUGUUACGCAAGAGUACUGGAUUAUCGUCGUAAGUUUAUUGAAGCUGCACAGCGCUAUAAUGAACUGUCAUACAGAGGAAUUAUUCAUGAAGAUGAGAGGAUGACAGCACUGCGGAAUGCUUUAAUAUGUACAGUCCUUGCUUCAGCUGGUCAGCAACGCAGUCGGAUGCUUGCAACAUUGUUUAAGGAUGAGCGAUGUCAGCAGUUGCCAGCAUAUUCCAUUCUAGAAAAAAUGUAUCUUGAUCGAAUCAUAAGACGAUCAGAGCUACAAGAGUUUGGGAACUUGCUGCAACCACACCAAAAGGCUUCCACUACAGAUGGUUCAACUAUUUUGGAGCGGGCUGUAAUCGAACAUAAUCUGUUAUCAGCUAGUAAGCUGUACAACAACAUCACAUUUGAAGAAUUAGGAGCACUCUUGGAAAUUCCUCCUAUCAAAGCCGAGAAAAUUGCAAGUCAAAUGAUAACGGAGGGAAGGAUGAAUGGUUAUAUUGACCAGAUAGAUUCCAUUGUCCAUUUUGAAACACGAGAAGUACUACCAACAUGGGACAAGCAAAUCCAGUCACUGUGCUAUCAGGUGAAUCAGAUAAUCGAGAAAAUAACUAAUAAUGAUCCAGACUGGAUUACCAAAGCUAUGGAAGAGCAAAUGGUUCACUGAAUGAACCAUAUGCGGAAGUGCUUUGUUUCUUAUUGUAAGCAGUUUUGUGGCAAUGAUAUCAGUUAUUUGUAUCUACCUUGUUAUAAAUGUAUAUGUUCAGUGUUUAAAAUAACAUGGCCUUCCACAAUUUAUGUAAGUGCAUUUGUUGUUCGUGUUAAAUAAAUAAAAGCUGUAUUUCAUAUCA